GAGCGUUUUGGUAUCGGAAUCGGAGACGAGCAAGCUUGGGUUACAAACAUGGCUUCUUCUUCUUCUUCUUCUCCUGCUCAAGAAAAGCAUGAUGUGUUUCUAAGUUUCAGAGGUGAGGACACCCGUUUUGGUUUUACUAGCAAUCUCUUUCAUGCUUUGCGUGGAAAGAGUAUCCAAGCCUACAUGGAUGAUCAAGAGCUUGAAAGUGGCCACGAAAUCUCACCACAACUUAUGAAAGCGAUUCAGGAAUCUAAGAUUUGCAUCAUAGUUUUGUCCCAAAAUUUUGCAUCAUCGACAUGGUGUUUGAAUGAAUUGGUGCACAUACUUGAAUGCAAAGGAAAUGAGAAUGUUAUACCGAUUUUUUAUAACAUAGAUCCAUGCAUUGUACGGAAACAAUCGAAAAGUUAUGCAGAAGCAUUUGCGGAACAUGAACAACGCUUUAAGGACAAACCGGAAGAGGUGAAGCAGUGGAGGGCUGCUCUAACAAAAUUGGCUAAUAUGUGCGGUUAUGAUUCAAAGAAUUUCAGGGAUGAGCAUGAGUUGGUUAAAAAAAUUGCUGAAUAUAUUUUAUUGAAAUUGCCCAUGUACCAAUUAACAAAUUAUGGAGACCUCAUUGGAAUUGAAGAGCCUUUCAAGGAAAUUGAAUCAUUAUUAAGCAUUGGCAAAAUGGAUGUUCGCAACAUAGGUAUUUGGGGCAUGGGGGGUAUCGGUAAGACCACCCUUGCUAGCCUUGUGUUUCAAAGAUUUUCAUCUUCUCAUUUUGAUGCUUAUUGCUUUCUUGAGGAUAUUCCAGAAGAAGCAGAUAAUACAAAUCACUUGAGAAAAAGACUUUUUUUAUGAGUUAUUAGGGGAUGAAAAUCUUCUACGCAUGAACACUCCGAUUCUAGGAUCAAGAUCUAUUCAAGAUAGACUCCGCUGUAAAAAGGUUUUUAUCGUUUUAGAUAAUUUGAAUGGGAGAAGUUCCAAAUUAAAUGAUUUAUUUGAAGGAUAUCAACUUGCUAAUGGAAGUAGAAUCAUUGUCACAAGUAGAGAUAAGCAACUGCUUAUGACAAAGAAUUGUCAAAUUUACCAGUUGAAUGGUUUAUAUCACCGUGAUGCUCUUCAGCUCUUUUGUUUCCAUCCUUUUGAACCAAAUUCACUUGCAACAUGUUAUGAGGCUUUAUUAGAAAGUGUUGCACAUUAUGCAAAGGGCAAUCCAUUAGCUCUUAAAGUCUUAGGUUCUUCCCUUAAGUACAAAAGCGUAGAAGAAUGGAAAAGUGCAUUGGAUAAGCUGAAAACUGAUCCAGAUCCUGAAAUUAAAAAAGUGUUGAGAAUAAGUUACGAUGGAUUAGGCGAUAAAAGCAUCCAGGGUAUUUUUCUUGACAUUGCAUGCUUCUUUAUCUAUCAAGCACCUAGGGAAGAAGUAGAAAGCAUAUCAAACCACACUGAUGCAACAAUAGGAAUAAGUGUUCUCAUUGAUAAAUCCUUAAUAAUUGGAAGUAAAGAAAGACUGGGAAUGCAUGAUUUACUACGGCAAAUGGCUCGGGCAAUUGUUUGUGAUGAAAGCAAAGAUUGUGGCAAUCGUAGUAGGCUCUGGAAUAAUAAGGAUUCCUGCCAUGUAUUGGAAAGAAAUACAGGAACCUCUGCAAUUGAAGGCAUAUUAUUGGAUCUGUCUCAACUCAGAAAAGAUGUAAAAGUGACCCGUACGGCAUUUUCAAAGAUGUUCAAUCUA